CUGCCGGUUAAUUAGCAAUGGGGGCGGGCGGGGCCGCUGUGCCCUAUAAGCGGCCGCUGUGGGGCGGCCCCGCUGUCUCUGGGGUCCCCUCGGGCUGACAUUUGAGGCUUUGCUCUGUGCUGUGCCACCCCCGCCAUGUCCCUGACGGACAGCACCGACAGCAGCUGCGGGAGAGCCGUGUCCAUCCUUUGGGGGUGCGAGCUGAGCAGCGGCCGGAGCUCCUUCACCUUCCAGGUGCCCGAGGACUGGCGCUGCGAGCAGCAGCUGGUGCUGCGCACGAUCUGCCUGGGGGAGACGGCGCGGGAUGAGUUCCACGUGGUGGAGGUGGUGGCCGAGGACGGCGGCGGCCGCCCCCCGGUGCCCCUGGCCACGCUGAAGCCGUCGGUGCUGCCCACGGCCACGCUGGCGGGAGUGGAACUGACCCCACCCGUGACUUUCCGGCUGCGAAGCGGCUCCGGUCCCGUCUAUGUCAGCGGCCAGCACGUGUCCGUGACAGACUUCAGCUCGGAGGAUGAGGAUGAGGAAAUAGUAGAGGAGACCCCCGAGAAGCCCCCCAAGGCCUCGAGUGCCCGGAAAGGCGGCGCCGCCAAGAAAAGGAAGCUGGAAAAGGAGGAUGAGCCCAGGAACAGCCUGGCCCGUGAGGAUCCCCUUCCCCCCAAGGUAGGAGCUGCCCCCCGUUAUCCCUUGGGAUUAUCCCAGGGAGCUCCUGGCCGGGGACAAGGACCCAAAACUGGGGGAGAAGCGCGGUUUUGGGGCCCCCUCCCCACCUUCAGCCCCUCCCCGAUCCCGCAGGGGCGCGGGGGCCGGCCGGGGCAGGAAAGCAGCACCGAAGAAAUAACGGGAAUUCCAUCGGAGCCGGGCCAGGUGCGGCCGAGGCUGGAGCAGCAGCAGCAGCCGGUGGUGGUGGUGGUGUGGUUCCCAAAUAAAGCACAUUUUGCACUCCUGGCUCCCCGCGCUGCUGCCGGGGGGGAUUUGGGGGCACCCCCCACCCCGGCUGGAGCUGCUGCCCUGGAUUUGGGGGGCCAGCGCUGCCCCCCGGCCGUGGGGUGCUGUGAGAAGGGCACGGAGGGGGGUCGGGGGAGCAGCAGGGACAGGAUCGGAUCCCCCUGACCCGGUACCGGGAUUUGGGGGGGCCCGGAGCCCCCCGGGUGUCACAGAGCGGAC